CUAGGCCAAGGCAGGUUGGGCAACCUGGGUGUCGCCCAACCACAAUGCAGGACACCCCUAAACCUGACGCUGGGGGGCCAGGACUCUGUGUGCCUGGAGCUGGGGGGCCAGGACUCAGUGUGCCUGGAGCUGGGGGGCCAGGACUCUGUGUGCCUGGAGCUGGGGGGCCAGGACUCUGUGUGCCUGGAGCUGGGGGGCCAGGACUCUGUGUGCCUGGAGCUGGGGGGCCAGGACUCUGUGUGCCUGGAGCUGGGGGCCAGGACUCCGUGUGCCUGGAGCUGGGGGGCCAGGACUCCGUGUGCCUGGAGCUGGGGGCCAGGACUCCGUGUGCCUGGAGCUGGGGGCCAGGACUCCGUGUGCCUGGAGCUGGGGGGCCAGGACUCCGUGUGCCUGGAGCUGGGGGGCCAGGACUCCGUGUGCCUGGAGCUGGGGGGCCAGGACUCCGUGUGCCUGGAGCUGGGGGGCCAGGACUCCGUGUGCCUGGAGCUGGGGGGGCAGGACUCCGUGUGCCAGGUGUAAUGAGCGACCAGCCCUGGAAGCCCCUGACCCUGGCUGCAUUGCGUCCGUCUGACUCCAGGUCUAAUUACGGCGCUGUGGAGAGGAUCCUGAAGAGCUAUGAGAACACUGCCUGGACCCAGCGGUACCAGAACCAUACCCAACCCACUGAGUCCAGCCCUAACCCUAACCCUGGACGCAGCCCCAGCCCUAACCCUGGCUUCAGCCCCAGCCCUAGUCCUAACCCUAACCCUGGACGCAGCCAUGGCCACAGUCCUAACCCUGGCUUCAGCCCCAGUCCUAACCCUGGCUUCAGCCCCAGUCCUAACCCUGGUUUCAGCCCCAGCCCUAACCCUGGUCCUAGCCCCAGUCCUAACUCUAACCCUGGCUUCAGCCCCAGUCUCAGUCCUAAUCCUGGUCCUAGCCCCAGUCCUAACCCUGGCUUCAGCCCCAGUCUCAGCCCUAAUCCUGGUCCUAGCCCCAGUCCUAACCCUGGCUUCAGCCCCAGUCUCAGUCCUAAUCCUGGUCCUAGCCCCAGUCCUAACCCUGGCUUCAGCCCCAGUCUCAGCCCUAAUCCUGGUCCUAGCCCCAGUCCUAACCCUGGCUUCAGCCCCAGACAGGAAGAGGAACUCAUGGAUCUUCUGGCGGAGAUGAUGGACAAGGAUUACUGGGAUCACCCAGGCCCUGCCUCUGGACAGUCCUCCUACACACACUCUCACCACAGCCAGCUGACCAGCUCCCAUGGAGAGACCAGGCUGACCAGCUCCCAUGGAGAGACCAGGCUGACCAGCUCCCAUGGAGAGACCAGGCUGACCAGCUCCCAUGGAGAGACCAGGCUGACCAUGCAGGAGUGUAAAGUGUCUUCCAGCUCCUCAUCAGUCCAGAAGAAUUUCUCUCGUCCGGCCUGUCCAGCCAACCGCAGGCCACCGUCACGCUGGGCUAGUUCCUCUUCCUCCUCCACCUCUUCUUCCUCCUCCUCCACCCCUAUAAACCAGCCCUCUCCGGCUCCUCCCACAAACACACCUCAUUCUCCUACUCAGCCUAUCACACGGAGACGGUCAUCAUCUGACCCGCCCAGCUGACCCUGUGUCUGAACCAAUAAGAUGCCUUCGUUACUUUACGUACUCUGACGUUUCUUCCUCAAUUCAAUCCUUCCGUGAUUCCUUCACAUCGAAGGCCCGAGUCGGGGGGGGGGGACGACCCUUCGACCUUCUCCUCCAGUAUGGUUGUGGAGAACGUGAUGAACUGAGAUAGAACCCGACUCAAAACCUGCCUCUUCCUUCCAUCACCUCUGUACAUACCAUAAUACCAAGACUGUUAUUUCUACUACCAACCAGACUGUCAAGAGCUUCAGCUGUGGACUGCAGCGUUGAGAAUCAGUUCACAGAUCAUCUAUAGAAUGUAUCUCAUCAACCAGAGGAGAUGUUUCAUGUAUUCUACCAUAGGAACUCCAUGAUCCCCAAUGCUGACUGUACCUCUGUGGCUUAGGCUUGCAUUCCCAAAUAGCACCCUAUUCCCUAUAUAGUGCGCUACUUUUUUGACCAUAGUGCCAUAGCGCUUUGGUCAAAAGUAGUGCACUAAAUAGGGAAUAGAGUGCCAUUUAGGAGGCAAAUAUAUUCAACACCGUUCACUGUACAUACUCUUUUAACUUUACAUGUUGCAUAAUAAUUCCAGUAUUACAGAAUAAUGUUUUGUUAUUCUUUACCUUUAUAAUAUCAAGAUGGAUUUACAUAAACGGUCCUGUUUCUACAUAUUUACCAAAAGGUGUUGUCUACAGCCUCUCUUCAACAAAGGACUGACGAGUUUCGAUGCUUUUAUUUGAUUGGACAUCCGCUGGCUGUUGUCAGGCAAGAUAGCUGACUAGCUCCUUGUGUUAGCGCUUCCUGUUUUGUUGGGGGCCAUGCUUAAAGGGGCAAUCUGCAGUUCAAACAAAAACACUUUACUAAUAACAGAAUGCCCCUUUAAAUUUUUUUUUAAGUAUUUUUUUGUUUGUUUGUUUUAACAUGAUGAAAUGGACAACAACCCCCUUUCUACUGGAGGUCACUGUAACCGAUGGUUACCUACCCGGCCCUAUUGAGUAACACUACGGCCUGUUGAAUCAAUGUGGUGGUGACCUCAUGACACAUCACUAUAUCAUGAACGUGAUGCCUUUUUUUUGCUGUUCUUAAUUUGUGUAAUAAAUGUAGCUCUAUA